AUGAGUGAAAACAAUGAGUAUUGUAUCAGUGAGGAAGCUCUUCAAAGGCUUACAGAGGACAUUGGUAAGAAAAUGGUUGAAAGUGCAGAGAAGACUCAAUCCAAAUCUUCUUCCUCUUGCAUUUAUAGGGUGCCCAAGGAGAUUCGUAAGCAAAAAGAAAGUGCGUAUACACCUCGCUUCGUCUCUAUUGGGCCUCUUCAUAGCAAGGACCAACACAUUCUCAAUUCGCCCGUGCAGCACCUCAAAAGGAGUUAUGCGAAUGCCCUUUUUGGUCGAAUAUCGUCCAAGGAGGGUGGAUCGGAAGUAGAAAAGCUUAAUAAAUCCAAGGAGGUAUUAAUGGAAUGUGUAAGGAAAAUGAGAAAGUCAUUAGACACAGCAAAGAAAUGCUAUGCGGAAGAAGCUGAGGAUGUGCUGGAUGUAGAGAUGUUGGUGAUUGAUGGUUGUUUCAUACUUGAACUUCUCUACAAAUUAACAGACAAGGAGAGCGAUAAAAGAAACGAUCCUAUCUUCGGCAACAGCCUGAUGCGCAUCUAUGUCCAACACGACUUGCUACUGCUUGAGAACCAGCUUCCUUUCUUUGUCCUCAACGAGUUGUUUGACCUCACCGUGGCUCAUAUAGUGUGUACUCCAACUCGGACUCUUGGUCAGUAUGUCAUUUCAUAUUUUCCUCAGAUGUGGAAAUCAGAAAACGAUGGAACAACAACAGCAACAACAACAACAGCAACAAACAAUAACUAUGAUCAUAUCCUUGAUAUUCUACACAACCACUAUCAUCAUCACGACGCAAAUCCAGGAGACGGUGGUUCUAGCGUGGUCAUGCCUUGUGCAUCAGACCUCGAAUAUGCAGGAGCCAUGUUUAAAGAGGGUAACAAGGUCGAGUUUUGUAAACCUCAGAGUCCUUUUCAUAGAGCUCAAUUUAAAAUCCCAACUUUGGCCCUUGAUGACUCAGUCGAGCCAUUCUUGAGAAACCUCAUUGCUUAUGAGCAGUGUUGCCCUGGUGUUCCUGGUUACUUCACAUCAUAUGCAAUCCUAAUGGAUACACUCAUAAACACUCCCAAAGACGUUCAAGUGCUUGAAAAGGCUGGAAUCAUACGAAACUAUUUAGGCGCCAGUGAAGAUGCCUCUGAUCUUUUCAACAAUCUCUGCAAAGGAAUUGUUCUCGGGGAGUUCUAUUUCACUGAAACAACCAAAGCUGCAGCUUACUACAGCAAGAGUUGUUGGCAUGAUGCUAUGGCACAUCUGAGACGUAGAUACUUCGCUUCUCCAUGGACAUUCAUAGCUUUCUGUGUUGGCUUUAUCACUUUCGCUAUCUCCGUAGUUAAAUUCGUCCGUGCUAACUUUCGUUGA